GGGAGAGACUCGUGAACGACUUUGAAUGGAAACUCCCUUCUUCGGUUGUUCAUGUCAACAAAGUUUUACUAAUAGAUGAAGUAACAUAAACUUCACAAUCUAUUUAUAAACUGAGAAAGAAUGCGCGACCGAACCAAGGAACUGGGAACUUCUGCACAGAGUUCCGAUGACGAUGAUGAAGGUACAGCUCUCAUGAUAAAAUCGGGCACGGGGGCCUCGAUGAAGGACGACAAAGAAAAUGAGGCGUUCUUUAGGAAGGUCCAAGAGAUUCGUGAGGGACUUGAAGCUCUUAAGAAGAAAGUGUCUGAACUGGAGAACAAACAGAAAACCGUUUUAGGAGUUGCACUUCCAGAGGACAGUAUGAAAAAGGAACUUCAGACCCUUAGAGAUGAGAUCAAAGUGUUAGCUAGCCAAAUCCACAAGAAGUUAAAAAGUAUUGAACCCAAGAAAACUGAUGAAGAUGCGAAAUAUGUUUCAAUAAGUUUAAGAAUGCAAAGAACACAGCAUGGUGUCUUAUCCCGAAAUUUUGUUGAGGUGAUGGCUGAAUGUAACACUAUUCAGGCGAAGUACAGAAAUAAAAAUGUGGAGAGGAUACAAAGACAAUUAAAAAUCACUGGUAAUGAUGUGUCAGACGAACAGUUAGAGACGAUGCUUGAAAGUGGACAGACAGAUGUGUUCACUCAAAAUAUCUUAGGAGACGCUAAAGCUACCAAGAUGGCACUGAAUGAGAUUGAGACAAGGCACGAGGAGAUUCUCAAACUGGAAAGAAGCAUCAAAGACCUUCAUGACAUGUUUCAGUACCUUGCCAUGGAAGUGGAGGCCCAGGGGGAAACAGUUAAUCGUAUUGAGAACAACAUAAUUAACUCUACAAACUAUAUCGAGAAGGCUGUUGAAGAAACUGGGGCAGCUGUUGUUUCUCAGAAGAAAGCACGCAAGAAAAAAGUGUGGAUUGCAAUAUGCUGUGCAAUUUUAAUUCUUAUAAUAGUCAUUGCCCUGGCUGCUAGUUUCGCAGGCUGAGUGUUUUCCAUCUUCUACUAAUCUCCUCUUCCUGACAUUUCAAAGAAAAUAAUACUAUGUUUCUUAAUUUUCGAACCUAACAUUAUCACAUGUCAAUAAUCUAUUUGACAGUUUGAGGUCUUGCACUCAUUUAUUCUUGGAGAGCAGAAAGUUAUGUAGACUUCCCUUCAGUGUUAAUAACCUAGCAGAAUGGCCUCCCAUGUAUGUUGAUUUGCAGACACAUGUAUUUUUUUCUUUUUUUUUUUUUUUCUUUUUUUGCUGUACUACAAUGUAUUCUCUGUAAAACCAAUACUUAUCAAUAACAUUGACUCUGUAAAAGGGGGAAAAAAACACUGGAGUUCUCAGGAAAACCCCAAGUGAGGCAAAUGAUUAAUAUAUGCAUAAUUAUGCCAUGAUGUGAAAAGCUCACUUUUAGAGAUUUACUGUUAGAGAUUUGAGCUUUUUUUUGCUAUUUUUUAUCAUUUUGAGAAUAUUGAAAAUGUAUUGAACAUAUUUCUUGGUGUUACUUUGUUUUGUGAGUUCUUGAAGAGGAUGCUAUUUCAAGAUGAGCUUCCAUAUCACUUCUGUAUAUACACAAACUUACCUUUUAUUGCUUUUGCAUUGGAGUAUCUGCUCCUUAAUUACUACUUGUUGUUAAAUAACAUGAUGUACAUGUUUUCCUUUUCAAUUGAUGUCAUAAAUCUGUAUUUAGGGCUAUAGUGUGGCCUGCACCCUAGAAUUGCAGUUACAAUUGUUCGUGACUAACUUUAAGAAAAAUAUACUGAGAAAGGUGCUGCAGGUGAUUAAUUUGGGCUUUGUCUCAAAUAAGCCAGGUGCCUUUUGCUUUAGCAACUUUUGAUAGACUUGUAUAGUUACUUAUUUUGAAGUGCCCCUGCCUUGGUGCUUUACCCAACAGUUCUAUUAUUGAAUGCUACCUAAAUGGGUUUAUUGGAGGGUAACAUCACAGAGAGUCAUUUGGUGUACUGAGUUUUGUACUGAAUUAUCUGAUCCUGGUUAUUUUAAUGUAGAACUAUUGUUUUUAAAUAAAAUAAAUAUUGUACUAAAAUGUA